AUCGUUGCAUUUCCCCCCACUUCUUUCACUCCACGUAAAGACCGAAGGAGGAAAGCGUCGUUUCCAAGUCUCGAAAAACCGAAAUAUUCACGUAAUUUGGCUUGUGUUGAUCAAAAAAGCCCGACAAAAUGAGUGUGGAAGAGGAAGUUUUGCGAAUACAGAAGAAACUAAAUAAAAUGACGUCGGAAGAUGGAAGUGGUCAAGAACAGGCUCUCGACUUGCUAAAACAAUUACAAACGCUAAAUAUAAACCUGGAGGUUUUGACGAAAACACGAAUCGGAAUGACUGUAAAUGCGCUGCGAAAGUCGAGUAAAGACGACGAGGUGAUCAGUCUGUCCAAAACACUAAUAAAAAAUUGGAAAAAAUUCCUCUCCGGCUCGAACGCGAAAGAAACCUCCAGUACAAGCACGUCAAAGCCGAAAAGAGACAAAGAGGAGAAGAGCUCACGAGAGGACAAAGACCGGGACAAAGAAAAGAAACUACCGAAUCAGUUCCCUCCAUCUAGUUCAAACACCACAGACGCCGUUCGACUCAAAUGCCGGGAAAUGCUGGCGGCUGCCAUCAGAUGCGACACUGAAGAAUUUGAAGGCUGCGCCUCGCCCGAGGACCUGGCCGAGGAGUUAGAGGAAGCGAUAUUCCAGGAAUUUAAAAACACCGAUAUGCGGUACAAGAACCGCGUCCGGUCGCGUAUUGCCAACCUCAAAGACGUGAAAAACCCCAACUUGCGGACGAAUUUCCGAAUUGGGGCUAUUCCGGCAAGCAGACUGGCCGUGAUGACGGCCGAAGAGAUGGCAAACGAUGAGAUAAAACAGCUCAGAGAACGGUUCACGAAGGAGGCUAUUAAUGACGCGCAGUUGGCGACUGUGCAAGGCACCAAGACGGAUCUGUUGAAGUGUGGUAAGUGCAAGAAGCGGAAUUGCACGUACAACCAAGUGCAGACGAGGUCAGCUGAUGAACCGAUGACGACGUUUGUCUUGUGUAACGAAUGCGGGAACAGGUGGAAGUUUUGUUGAUAUGGUUUACUUAAGCUUUGUUUCACUGUUCAGUCACAAGGGUAUUUUUUGUUUACACUUGUAGGCUCAUGGCGAUUUAAAUAAAGUCUUUAUUUCA